AUGACGACUCCCACCCCCAAUGAUCCAAGCUUCUCUCGUGCUCCAUCUCCGGAGCUUCUCGCAUGUCUUAAUAUUGUUUUGCAACCCCCGAAUCCUAUCAUUCGUCAAGCUCUUGCCGACACAGCGCCCCCAAAUGCGAAUAUACCCGAAAAUGUGAAGAACUGGGUAGUUGAUCUGGUCACAAACGUGGUGGAAGAGAUGUGUCAACAAACGGUGGUGCAUUACGAAAAUCUUAUCCAGCGCCAAGCGCAUACAAUGGAACGUAACACCACGGAGUUCCACAAUCGAACGGUCUUCUUGGACCAACAUCGCCAACAAUCUGAGUCUAGAAUUGCAGACUUGGAAAAAACCUCGGCAGCUUUAGCUGAGGAUAACAAAGCCAUUAAUGACUCAUUUGUGGCAUUUGACGAUGAGGUCAAGGAUCUCCAAACCAGGAUGGAAGACCUGAAGAAAUCACACGAUCGACUUCGCGCAUGGGCAUCUACACAGGGAAGAAAGGCAGGGCAAGGCAGUAACAAUGUCGACGACACGGACGACGACGAUGAGCCGUCGUUUGGUCGCAAGGGUAAAGGCGUAAAAAUUGACCAACCAGAAAAAUAUGGUGGCAAUAAGGACGGAGUCAAUCUCGAUGAUUGGCUCGAACAAGCACCCGGAACUUGGGCGGAGUUCUUCUCAGAACUUCGCACGGCAUACGAAUCAUUGGACAAGGAUGACAAGAAGCGAACGGAGUUAGAAGCCUUCGUCAAGAAGGAUCAUCGAGACUUCCGGAAGUUCGCAGAAGACUUCCGUCCAAAGGCAACAGGUACAGGCUUCUCGGAUCAAGAUUUGAUCGAAAAGAUCAAGAAACAUAUUCCGGAGAAAACGUGGCUGCUCAUGCUGGCAGACACGACCAAGGACAACUGGCCCAAGAAGUGGACCGAGUUCCUUACAUUUGCACUUCGGAUAUUUACAUCAUUACAACGAGAAGGCCACCAUGCCAAGGCCGAAACCAAGGAUCCGAAUGCUAUGGAGGUUGAUGCAGUCGGGAAGAAGGGAAAAAGUAAAUCGGGCAAAGCGCGAAGCGUGCAGGACGACAAGUUGGUUUGUGCCAACUGCAAAAAGAACAAGCCAACGUUCUUCAAAUCGUCGAAACGCUUCAGCAAGUAUUGCACCGAUUGUUUCAAAUUGGACCAUGUCAAGAAGCAGAUUGAGAAGGAGAAGGAGACAGCCACGAAGAAGAAGGAUGGGAAGAAAAAGGACGACGCCAGGAACAAAUCCAAGUCGUCCAAAAUGAGACAAGUAGCAUCGGAUUCUGCUUCAUUCGAUAGCGAAAUGGACACGGACAGUGGCCCCGACAUCAAGAAGCACAAGAGCUCUUCCUCUAAGACUAAGGGGAAGGGGAAGGAGACAGCUGCGCAUAUCAGCGACUGCAGCAUCCACUCGGAAAGCAAGCCUGAUGCAUCUGAGUCGGACGAAGAUUUCGCCGCGAUCCUCUCAAGGCUCAGGUGCCUGAGGGCGAAUGGAUCCAGUUCAUCAAGGAAGGCGGGAGAAGGUUCUUCAAGGAAGGAUCGGAAGGGUUUUCUCAAAGGGGAUCUGUAG